AGUCACAGUGGGUUGAAAAUUGAAAUCAAUCGUCAAUCUCACAAAAUAGAGGAUAAGGGCACGCGUCUUCUUUGUUAUCUCCUCUCCGUGAGACCAAAAACCCCAGCCAUGGCGUCCACCUUCCUUCACCAGGCGUUGUUCAUGCUCCCGAAGAUUGCAGCUCAAUCCCAGCCGACGAACCUUGCCUUCUCCGCCGCCGUACCACGUACGAUGCCCUACUCCGGGGCGUUGGUUUCUAGGGUUCCAGCCACCUCGUACGGAUUCGGUUUAUGCCAAAGGGGUGAAAAGUGCUCUUUCAUCGUUAGAGCUGAAGCAGCAGAUGCCGAUGUCGAAGAAAGCGAAGCCAAUGCGGAAAGUGUUGGGGAGGAUGAAGAGGAGGCUGACGUUCUAUCACCUCGGAAACCAAGAAUCAAACUUGGAGAAAUUAUGGGGAUAUUGAAUAAACGAGCAAUUGAAGCUUCGGACAAGGAAAGACCUACACCGGAUCUCCGAUCUGGUGAUAUUCUGGAAAUCAAACUGGAAGUACCUGGGAACAAGCGCCGGUUGGCUGUAUAUAAAGGAAUAGUCAUAUCGAAGCAAAAUGCUGGCAUCCACACUACGAUUCGUAUUAGGCGUAUCAUUGCUGGAGUUGGUGUUGAGAUUGUGUUCCCUGUGGAGCCAUAUGAAUCAGGAAUGUUGGAAAUUAUGGAAAUCGGCUCUGAUUAUGAUAUUUCGAAUGGAACAAAACAGCUUUCUUACCAUGGAAGUUCGCAUCCCGUAUUUGAGUUUUUAGAUGGAAUGGAAAUGCUUCACCGUGUUCAUCUGCAUUUCGAAAUGUUAUCGUUUAUAAUAUUCCUUUUAGUGCCAAUUAAAGGAAACCAUAAUCAAUACUCGCCACUUAUUAAAGAGAUUAAAGUGGUGAGCCACCGGAAGGUCCGUAGAGCCAGGUUGUACUAUCUGCGAGACAAGCUUCCAAGGUUCUCAUUUUUCAAAUGAAAGGCAUUUGGACUGCUAAUGUUUGUCCUGGGUAACCUUAGAUCUCAAUUUUCCUCGAAAUCUCGAUCCCUUUGUUUGUGAGUUGUAAUUACGUGAACGAAUUGAGGAUCUUAUUUUCAGAUAUUGAAUUUUCAUGUGACGAACUAGCUCCAUGAACAUUUUCUGCUUAUGUACUAGUUUUUUGUAUAUCGACUUUGUUGACACCCUUAGGUUACAUUUGGCUACAUUGAUCUUAUUGGUUGCAUAAGAAUUCCUCAAGAGAAAUACAAGUACUCAUUUUCCCUUUUGAUUUUAUCUAUAGAUAAUCUGCUACAGAAUCUUUGUUGGACUAAGUGGGAUAGAUAAGAUUAACUGAGGCUUAGUUGGAAAUUAGUUCUUGAUACUGGCUAUUAAGGUCGUUUUUAUUAGGGUUUGUUAACGAUCCGAAU